UGACCUGUGUCCCAAAUCGCCGAUCGCUCCGCACAUGAAUCCGCUAGACCACAGUCCGAGGUCCGAAUAAAGUCAUGGUGAUUGGCCGGGUAAGGCUCAAGUGUAAACUGUCUGGGAUCGUAGUAUUACCACGCGGGCAUAUGCUGGCCUACGCCGGUCCAGUACCUGAACAACACGUGGUGCUCGUCGUGUUUUGGUCGUGAUCGAGUUCCUGGGCAUGAACGUGGAUAGCUACACGAACCAGUACCUCUUCCUCUUCGGCUUCGACUUCGACUUCGUCCUUUUGAGCGCAUACUUGGUGCAGGGCUCGCAGUUCUCCAUAUCCCGGCACCUCCUCACGACUGCGCCGAUGUACAAGUACGCGAACCCCUGGCUGUCCGUCUUCACAGGCAAGGACAAGCUCCUCUUUGCGUCCAAGACCACGUCGCUGCUCAAGCACAGCUACCCGCUCGUGCUCGUGGAGCAGGGCGCGAACCCGGAUCUGGACACCAUCUCGCACCUGUUGCAGUACACGGUCGUGUGCUUGCACAUGCUGCUGGUCCUGUACUUCGUCAACAUGUUUUCGAGAGCUGCUCCGUGCCCGCCGUCUUGUGCUGCAUCCCCACCUCGUCCUGGCUCACGUCCAACAACACACUCCCGCACUGCCUCCAGGACAGGUCGACACGAAGAUCUCCGCCCCCACCACCCUCGCCACGUCCAACCACAACUUGCUGUCAGACAUGCACACAACCGAGCACGCCGUCCCGCCCUUCACCUUGUCCAGGUCCACGCACACGAGCCCAUUCUUGGCCGAGUUGCAGGUCUCAGGCCCGAUCGUGGUCCCCUCUUGCACUUGGUGUAGGUCUUGGUCACGGACAGGCACAGCAUCCAGUAGCUGUUCGGCAUCGUGUGCCCGCUCCUCUACGUGACCCAGAACUGGACCGUGUUCACGACCAGGUGCGAGACUGGACGUAGGACGUGAGGCAGAAGUGGAUUAUGCACCGGACCCCGUCCAAGAUGCGGAACGAGACCGAGCCGCUAUGCAGGCUGAACACUCGAUGAAAAUCGAAUUCGGGUACCCACUCACGACGUCGACCGA